ACGAAGCAGCAAAUCAACAUGGCUACAGGCAAGAGUAUUGGUGCAAUAGUUCUUCUCCUUGUUUGUGGUUCAAUCCUACUGGGUAUGAAUCCAACUGAGGCCAAAGUUUGCAUUCAAGUUUGCUACGAGGCAGCUUAUAUGACUUGCCCGUCCUCAGGCUCUACUCAUCUCUCACCAUCCUGCAACUGUUGCUUAGCUCCGGAGGUCGGCUGCUCCAUUUACAACUCCGAUGGAACUAAGAUCUGUACUGGUACUGAAUAAAUAACUAAGACGCAUGCAUGAUCAUCAUGCCCAACUGGAAUAAAUGGUUUUCAGAAAUAUAGUUACAUAUAUAUAGUAACGAGAAUAAGAAACAGACUUCAAAUUCGAUGUCUAGUUUAUGAUUAUUGCUUCCCGAUCUCUCUUUAUGAUUU